AUGAUCAAUGAUGUGUUUAGGAGCGCCAACAAUGGAGAUUACUAUUGUUCCACCAAUCUGUUUGCAUGUGGAAUCGCACCCCUUCGACCAGCCGGCCCCACCUCCUCCCUCUUCCAACUAUUCGUCUAUCCAAAUCAACUGGGCAACAGUUAUGACUACACCCAGCCCAUCACAAUCACCGUCACCAACAAUGGCAGAGCAGCCAACGUUAACUUCCCACCACUAACCAACAAUACCAGUAGCGCGACUCAGACCUGCUUACUAUUCAACAACAACUUUGGUACAGGUGUUGUACCCACUCGAUACAAUCCAAUCUACACGACAAUGAUCACAUCACAUCCCGGAGCCACCUACUUUCUCCAGCGCAACAUCACCGGUGAUCAAUUUGGAUUCUUCAAGGUCAUCAAGCCAGUUCAAAACACUCAAGAUGGUCUUAUUCAUACAUUAGCACUUGCACAAGUUGAUGAGAAGCAGGAGAUAAGCCUCAAAGAGGCCCUCAGCUCUCAAACAGCGUCGGUCAUGUCAUAUGACCAAGCAACUCUCAAUCCACCUCAACCAGUUGUCUCGACUUCGAUGGGCGCCAUUCUGACCUUGGACAUUAGGUAUAAUAUUAUAAUCACAUUACCAAGCUAUAGACAAUGUACCUUUUCACCAUUGAGCACUUAUGGAAUGGACACCAACUUCACCUAUCCAUUUGGUGUAUCUCAUGUUUCCAGUGGCGGCAUAACCAAACUAUCCUUCUCAUUCUACGCCAGUAGAUAUAUCCCCGACUCUGCGCCACCCAAACAACUCGACUGCUACUUUGGCAGUCCAAGUAUACCAUUCGUAUCAGGUUCCACAUUUAAUCUUCCCGACACUACUCCACCAUCAAUUCAAACAUUGGAAUUGGUACCUGUUGGAGGAAAUAAGUACUUGUUGCGAUCCACUUUGGGCGAUAAUGAAUCUGGAUUCGUCAGGAUGUUGUUGUUCUUCUCAUCUGGUGAACUGUAUAGUCUGGAUCACACUGAUCGUUAUCAAGGUAGUUCACAACUGGGAAAGUAUGAGAAGUUAGUUACACUGAACUGUCCAUCUGGUGAGCAACCCAAGUACUCUGCCUUCAUCUUUGACAAGAAACAAGCAGCCAUCAUGGAUUUCGGAUAUAAUGCUGGAUCAUUCGGACAUCCAUAUGGGUUCACAACCUCUCAAUUUGUGAUUGGAGCUGAAGAUCUGUCAGUGUUCUACUUUGAUAAUUAUUUAAUGAAUGUUAGUUCAACUCACAUGGUCAACACAUUGUAUCUCAACUCAACAAAGAUUAUACCAUCAUGGAUAGUGACUUUGGUUUAUGGUUCAAUUGCAGAGAAUCAAUAUUAUGAAGCUGCAGCAACAUAUGAUGUUAAGAGAUCACUCUUUGUCAUACAGUUCAUGGUACCUGGCAAGACAAUGACAAGACAAAUGCAAUACUACAUCAGAGUACAAUUGCCAGGUGACAACUUCUACCUCCCCUCAACCAAUACCCAAGGUUUAUUCGCCGCUAACCUAAUCUCCAGUGACCUCAUCAUGAAGAAGUUCCCAACAACCUCUGUCAUCAGCAUCAUCUCAACAUAUGGUGAUGAGAUGCCACCAAUGAUCACAUCUUGUGUUGCCCACCCAUCUAGGUCGGUCGCCGUAGUUACUGGAUCAACGAGCAUUGGUUGGAACAUUACGAUUGAGGACUCACCAAAUGGAUUCUCACGUGGAGUGAUCAAUGUUGUCAGUGACAUUGAUGGUCUUGAGAGAAGAUUCGAGAUCACACCAGCCAACAGGACAAGUGGCGACUUGUUCAAGGGCACCUACCAGAUCCUGUUUGCAGUCGACUCCAACUUUGGCAAUCAAACCUUCACAUUCCUCGAUAUUGAACUGUUUGACACUUCGAUGAAUCGUGCACAAUACCUCACAUACUCGAGUGAUCAAAGACUUGUCUCACCACUCUCAUACCUCAUGGAAGCGGACAAGAUACUCGAGUUCAAUAUCCAGCUGACCACAUCAUCAACGGACAUCACACCACCAACUGUGGUGACAAUGGAGACACUCACACCGACUGUGGACGUUGGAUCACAUAUGCGCCAGGUCCAAGUCAGAUUCAUGGUACGCGAUACAGGAAGUGGAGUCAGCAUGCGUCACAUGCCCGCCAUCUACAUCACUGGAUACUUGUUCGAGACAUUCAAGUUAGAUACAACAUUCAUCUCUCAAUCGGGUACCGACUACUCAUUCAUGGCAACAGGCCAACUACCAUAUGGCUUUGCUGUCAGCACCAUUGGCCCGAACGGUAACUCAUCAACAUUGGCAUUUGUAUCAAUAUAUGGUCUUGUGGACAACAGCCAGAACUUGAUUGGAUACAGUACAGUUGAUUUGGACGUUGGUAUUCCCGAUGUGAACAAGACCAUUGCCAUCAAGUACACUCACAACAUACCAAUAAUUGAGGAUUACUCGAUUGAUAAUGGAGUGAUCACAAUAUUUGGAAAGAACUUUGGUGAUGACAUUGCUUUGAGUGACUUAACCAAAGGAAUGAGCUUCACAAAGACAUUUGGAUCAGUUGUGAUUGCAGCGUUCAACAUUACCGAGGUCGAUACCACCAAGGUCAACAUCACACUCCAACUCAGCACCAAUCAAUACUCUUCCAAUAUUGUUGUCAUCCAAUACCGUGUUCCACCCACAACACCCAUAGUCAUACCAACAGUCAGCUGUCCAGGCAACCCACCAUGUUCCAACCAUGGACUAUGCUCGUCCACCUUUGGAUGUCAAUGUACUGGUUCAUGGUAUGGCCAAGAUUGUUCAUCAGAGUCGAUACCUUCCACCCCAGUCAUCAAUGAUGAUACUCCAACAAUUGUUUACGCGUAUAAUAUCUCUGGUGAGACUAUUAUUGGUGACAUUGAGAUUGUUCGAGUGAGGAUACUCAAUACAGAUGGUGCAGAGUUGGCAUCAUAUCCAUUGUCACAAUGGAGUGUAACAAAUCUAUCCGCUCAAUCACGUGACUACACCACCAGGUAUGGACCAAGUGAUAAUAUUGGAAUGAUCAAGGUCAAUGUCAAAUGGUUCACUGAAGACGAGGAUGUCAAGUUCGCCGGCGACAUUCUCCCAAUCAAGAGGAACACCAUCAAGUACACCAUCACACUGUCCAACUACACAUUCCCAAGUCAGUUGGAUUCGAUGCAAGUUGUGAUGAGGGCUGCCAUCAACACGACAGACUCCAACUCGUGCUCUGUCCAGCAAUAUGGCUAUGUCAAUGGAUCACAAGACAACUUGUUCUGGAUGCGAGUCAAGGUGCAGAGUUACAGUCUGUAUGGUCACUUCAUCCAGAAGGCAUUGGUCGAUGGACGAGUCAGCACUGUGACCAAUGUACUCGUCUCUGAUCAAUCACAAUCAGUGAAUGACACACAGUCAUCACAGACAAUGAUUGGAUUCAAUGUUCGCAGCUUUGAACAACAGGCCAUUCUCGAUCCAGACUUCCAUUUAUUGAUGGAUAUCGAUAAUGCUGAAUCGAAUGAUGGUGCUGUGUGUAAUCACAGAUCAUCAUCAAAGAAGUUAUCAACACUGGCCAUCGUUGGAAUUGCUGUACUAUGUGUUGUAGUUGUUGUUGCCAUUAUUGUAUCUGUUCUAAUAUGGAUAUAUAGAGAGAGAAAGGUUAUAUUUAUAUUUAAACUUAUGCGAUUGGGAAGGAAGUCAAACGUCAAUCAAAAAUAA